GUGCCCGCCGCCUGCCCCACGCGCCGGCCGCCGUGGCGGGGCCGGGGAGCCCGCCGCCCGCGGGGCGCGCACCGCCCUGACCCCGGCCGGCCCGCGGCAGGCAGGCGCCCGCAGGUCCAUGGUGGGCGCGGAGCGCGAUGAGCCGCCCGUCCUCCACCGGCCCCGGCGCUAGCAAGCCCUGCAGCAAGCCGCCGCCGCCGCCGCAGCCCCAGCACGCCCCGUGCCCGGCGGCGCCCCCGGCCGCCGCCACCAUCGCGGCCGCCGUGCCCGCCGCGGCCGCGGUGAUCCCGGGCCCGGGCGGCGGGGGCGGGGCCGGCCCCGGGUCCCCGCAGCACCACGAGCUGACCUCGCUCUUCGAGUGCCCCGUCUGCUUCGACUAUGUGCUGCCCCCGAUCCUGCAGUGCCAGGCCGGGCACCUGGUGUGCAACCAAUGCCGCCAGAAGUUGAGCUGCUGCCCGACGUGCCGCGGCGCCCUGACGCCCAGCAUCCGGAACCUGGCGAUGGAGAAGGUGGCCUCGGCGGUCCUGUUCCCCUGCAAGUACGCCACGACGGGCUGCUCGCUGACGCUGCACCACACGGAGAAGCCGGAGCACGAGGACGUGUGCGAGUUCCGGCCGUACGCGUGCCCGUGCCCCGGCGCCUCGUGCAAGUGGCAGGGCGCGCUGGAGGCGGUGAUGGCGCACCUGAUGCACGCGCACAAGAGCAUCACCACGCUGCAGGGCGAGGACAUCGUCUUCCUGGCCACGGACAUCAACCUGCCGGGCGCCGUGGACUGGGUGAUGAUGCAGUCGUGCUUCGGCCACCACUUCAUGCUGGUGCUGGAGAAGCAGGAGAAGUACGAGGGCCACCAGCAGUUCUUCGCCAUCGUGCUGCUCAUCGGCACGCGCAAGCAGGCCGAGAGCUUCGCCUACCGCCUGGAGCUCAACGGCAACCGGCGCCGGCUCACGUGGGAGGCCACGCCGCGCUCCAUCCACGACGGCGUGGCCGCCGCCAUCCUCAACAGCGACUGCCUGGUCUUCGACACGGCCAUCGCGCACCUCUUCGCCGACAACGGCAACCUGGGCAUCAACGUGACCAUCUCCACGUGCUGCCCGUGACGCGCGGCCCGCCCGGGCCCGCAGCGCCUGGCG